AUGGGUGCGCUUCCCGGAGGCCCCUUUGGGCCGAUACCUCAUUAUCAUCCGGACCCGACCGAAGCACUCGUCAAUGCCCAGCUGUCAUCGACGCAUGCCAAAGCGUCCUCGUCAUCACAAGGACCUCUUCCAUUCAUCGCUCCAAAACCUCCUAGUCUGGAAUUUGGAAGCACUGAGCACUAUCAAUACCUAGGACCAUAUCCCGGUGCUCUCCCAAGAGCCAAUUCAACGACCGCGCUCGGCUUGGGCGUCCAUCAUCCGCAGUACUACAUGGGCCAGAUAUCCCCUGACCACUUCUUCGCUCAGCAAUCUAAUGCUUUGUUGGACUCUCCUGUUCAGAUGAACCAGUCAGACGUUUUCGACUUCUAUAAUCCACCACAGUCACCAAUCCAACCACUGCCAUCGAACUCUGCACCGCUGGCUCCUCGAGUUGCUAGUUAUGCCAGCAUGGAGAGGUUAGAUAACUCGCCAACGUUACCAAUAUCACCGCCCUUCUCCCAACCCUCUUCUCUCAAGCUUGACGUGAGAGACAUCAAAGCAGAGCCCUGGCUACUGGAAGAAGAGGAAGCGCCAUUCGUCGUGAUAGGAGAGGACGGACAGUCGCCCAGCAACUCCAUUGAAGCCCCUGGAUUCAUGAUAGAAGAUCGUUCGCUUGAUCUGUAUGGCACACAGAUGCGUCCUUACUAUGGACUUUCUGGCGAUAAUAUACUGGCCAACUACUUAGCCUCUCCCAUGGAUACACCCCUGAACGAUCCGCAGACAUAUCGAAUUUUUCAAUAUUUUAUGAAGACGACGGCCCCAUCUUUAUCCAUGUACGAGCGCAACUCGGCCGACCCGUCGCGGACGUUCUCGGGCACAGCUGUCCCCGAGCCUCAUCGCCACAUAUGGACGUAUAUCCUGCCUUCUGCGUCUCUACAACAUCCGGCACUUCUUCAAGCAAUACUUGCCAUAGGAAGUCUACAAAUGGCUGUGUUGAAUGGUGACGUUCCAACGGCAUCGUGGCUGCACUAUGGCUUGUGCACCCGUAGGAGCUCCAAGAACUACCAAAGUGCGAUUAGAAGAGCCGAGCCAGCUACCCUGGCUGCUACGCUUCUCCUAGGCUUCUACGAAGUCUGGAGCAGCAAUCACGAGAAGUGGUGUACGCACAUGCUUGGGGCACGGCAGCUCAUCAAAGAGACACCUUUUCGAGAGCUGAGCAGACAAAUAUUGGCAAUUCACCAGAAAAAUCGUCGGCGUUUCGCAAAGACUCAGGCUCAGAAUCAAUACGGUACUUUCUUCCAACAUAUGAGCAGCCCGAGCCACGAAGUCGCAGAUAUCGACCUAGGCCUGGUGAGCCGCCUGACGGGGCGGCCUGUAAACUUUGUGGACGAUUCCAACGAGUCGGCCGCCAAUUCAAAGACGAGGCAAUGUACCAAUCGCGACAUUAAAAGUUAUAAACUUAUGAUGGAUCUAUACUGGUGGUUCUGCAAAAUGGAUGUAUACCAGAGCACGCUGGGAGCUUCAAAGUUAUUUAUGGAGAUUGAUCUGUGGACGCAAUGUCCACCACGAGCGCCGAUAAACAGGAUCUCUCAGGUAUAUGGCACCUUCGAUCAUCUCCUUCUCGUUCUGAGUCGACUAUCCAACUUCGUGGCCAACGAUUUGCCACGCAAACGGAAGGCCAGAGAACAAGAGACUGGCGCAAGCCCAAGAGGACAAACCUCGCCCCCGCUUUUCGCCGAGUCUUUCCCAUCGGCCGAACAGAUCCUCAAUGCCGUCGACCUGGAGACAAGCACACAGAAGGCUCUCGAGGAGUGGAGCGACAUCAUGCAAGCGUUCCAGCUUUUCAAGAGUAUCCUUGGGCCAGAUUUCGACCCCGAUCAGUCUAAACCGCCCAAGGACUCGCCUUUUGGUCCCACCUUGAAGUACCAUGCGUACGCUAUCGCCGGCAUCUGGAUGAACUUCUACAUGGGCUUGGUAAUACUGCACCGUGCCCACCCGAGCAUGCCGCCGUUCGCGAUGGUGGCGGCGCACAUGAUUGCCAAGGAGACAGACCCAUAUGCCGACGAGAUUGGACGGAUCGCGGCCGGCGUGGCUGACGGCCUGUCCGUGGAUAGCGUGGUCAGCACGCUCCAGUCCUCCGCGCUGAUCGAGUGUUGCUUUCCCAUCUUUGUUGGCGCUGUUCAGUACCGAGGGAAGCUUCAGAGACAGUGGGCGAUUAGAUUGCUCCACCAGAUCACUCGGCACACCGGGUGGCAGACGGGGGACCAGAUCGCCAGCGGCUGUGAGGGGGCCUGGCGCAAAGCCGCAGCCAUGGGUGUUGCGCCGGUGUACGAGCCCGAGUCCGAGUCCGAUGCGCUCCGGCAGGGCUGGACGACACGCAGGCUUGACGAGCGGAUCCAGGAGGUUGACGAAGGGCAUAACAGGCCGGUCCUGCAGAGGUCGGACCGGGCGCACGUUGCGUUUGGAUUGCUCAGUGUUGAGGACGACAUGGAGAGAUUGACUUUGGAGGACUGA